UCGCCCCUGGUGGACACAUCUGGGGACUUCCGCAAGCUGAUGGUUGCCCUCGCCAAGGGCAGAAGAGCAGAGGAUGGCUCCGUCAUUGACUAUGAGCAGAUUGACCAGGGUGCCCGGGAGUUGUAUGAUGCUGGCGUGAAGAGGAUGGGAACUGAUGUGCCCAAGUGGAUCAGUAUCCUGACAGAGCGCAGUGUGUGCCUCCUGCAGAAAGUGUUUGAAAGGUACAAGAGCUCCAGUCCUUAUGACAUGCUGGAGCGCGUCAAGAAGGAAGUCAAAGGAGACUUGGAAAAGGCUUUCCUGAACCUGGACUGCCAAGAGAACAGA